ACAAGGGCCUGGUACCUAGACUACUGCAGCCAAGGAAGUGAUAGUUUUGACUUGUACCAUUUAUUUAUAUUUUUGCAUAUUUUUCCAAUGUUUGACGUAGCGCUGAACUCAGCUGGCGCUAAGAUUGCUCUGGUUUCUUCGUAUGACGAGAAUUACCCUCCAGAGAAUGUUAUCGACGGGACUCUCGACACUUUUUGGCCAACAACUGGUCUCUUUCCCCAAGAGCUUAUUCUGAGCUUCAAUAGCCUGAUGAGCAUACGAAUGAUCAAAAUCAUGUGUUCAAAUGUUAAAGAUCUACAAAUCCAAAAAAGCACCAAGACAGAUCCCGUUGAUUUUGAGACACUGGCUGAAAAAGAAUUUGAAAAUACAGAUGGUCAGAUGCAGAUGGAAGAUAUCAAGAUCCCUGUCACAUCAGCAUGCCAUAUCCGAUUUGUUAUCAAGAGUGGCUUUGAUCACUUUAUCUCCAUCCACAAGAUCAGCAUCGAGGGGACGGCAGUUCAGUAGUCCACUUGCCUGGGAUUGUAUUGUUUAUAAUGUACAUAGAUAAAUAGUGUUCUUUUUUUAACUCCAGGGGCGUAGCCAGGGCCCCCCCCCCUUUUAGCUGGCAAUAAUACAGUACUUGUAUGAGACAUUAUCUAAAAUACAGGAGAAAAUGCCUUGAAUGUCCCUUUUGGGCCCUCUCCUGUUAAAAAUACUGACUACGCCAUUGAACUCUGAUAACAGUCUAGGACAGAAGUAAGUCCAGAUCUGUGUUCCUAAAAAGAUCUAAGACCUUCUGUCUAAUAGAUACUUUCCAAAGUCCCAAUAUCAAAUUUUUCGGUUAAACCCUCUAGAGUGGACAUCUCCAUUUUACUGAGACAUUUUUUGGUCCCAAGGGUGUCAAUUAUGUGGAGGUUCUCUUGUGGUAGAAAAUGUUAGGUACAGUAUUUUGUAGUAUAAAGUGCUGCUCCACUUGUUACAAAAAGCUAUCUUUCAUGAUACAGUACAUACGGCUGUCUAGAAUUUGCUAUGGUGAUUAGCCAAUAUUGUGAGGAGACACCUUUUGCUGUAAUAGGUGUGGAUCAAUUCAUAAAAUGCCUUAACUUAAA